AUGUGUGAAUCUUACGCUUUUACUGGCAUCAAGUGGACGACCAUUAAAUUGUCCGUAGCAAGUAAUCGAGAUUUUUGCUACUUUGACAAGAUGGGAAUGGUGCGUCAUACAUCAGGAAACCGGAUGGCAUACCAUGUCAUGCAGUCAGUGGAUAUACCAGAGUAUCCAGAAAAAGCCACGCAUAAACGUUUGCAAGCGUCAUUGUGCUACGUUUUCGAGGAACUCGAGAAUGAUUUGGUUAGUGUCUACAUGCAGGGCAAGAUAGACAAUGCUGCACUAUCAUACUUUGCAAUGCCAGCAGUCUUAGAUUUGCUGAUGGAGAUUACAAAUGCGAUGGAGUGCACUCGAGCCAAAAAACUGGCAGAAAUGAUGGCUGUCGCACCUCCUGGACACUGGAAACGACGAUCUACUCGCAAAUGUUGCGACGUAUGUCGAAAUAGUCCACUGUUCUUUGAAAGUCUACAAAAGUGUGCAGGCUGUCACUUUCAAUAUGUUUGCAAGAAAUGUCGACUGAAAGAGAAUGUUCUCGCACGAGACACAACAUCAAGCUCACACUUAAUGCGAGCUGAAUUUUGUCGCGUAUGCAUUGCACAAAUGGAUGCAACGUCUAUCGAGGAAUUACGAGCGAAAUCUGGAGCUUUUAGUGUAGCUGGACAGCGCAUGGCAGACAAGAAUGCCGCUUUUUGCAAAGUCGAUGACGCCGAAGAAGUGGAUAUACCAGGCAGCGAUCGUUCUUUAACGGCUUUUACUUUAAAAAUCACAGCGCAGAUGCAAGACGUUAGUAGACGCAGCGACAUCUGCGCUUCAUUGGAGAAAGUAUCAAUUUCUGACGAAGAAGAUGAGAUACUGGGUGAGGAUCGAGACGUGCUUAACUCAAUUGGAAAGAAAUGCAGUCGAUACGUGUCACUUGACAAGGAACCCACCGAUGCGUCAAGAUGCAGUUCACGUUCGACUACGUCAACUGCAUCUUCCUCGCUUUACCAUGACGAUAUUGAGUCGGAACAGUAUCGGACUUCAAUUUUUACACGGCUAUUACAAAUGUCGAAUCAACUACCGGAGACCCCCCAGCCUGCGACCUCGAGUCUGUCGGGAAUUAGGGCCACACUUACCACGAAGACGCCAGCAGAGACAAGGAAAGCCAUCAGCGGCCGCGACAUCCCUGAGUUCAAUUCCGCACCUCCGGCAAAGAAAAGAAAGCGACGUGACAAAAUGCCACGUAUCUGGCUUCGUCUUGAACUGUUUGAACUUGGGAUUGUGCCGAUACCGUCCAAAUACGCGGCCUCGUUGACGCUUAACAAUGUCAAAAAGGCUCUUAACGUGCUGCAUAACAAGCUUCAGGCAGCUAAUCGAGAUCCUGCGGACGUGGCAUCUAUAGAUGAUGCUGUUAUGCUCGAUGUAGAAGGAUGUUUCACAGAGAGUGACAACUUUAGCUAUAUCACGUUUGCGGUGUGGAAAGAUGCGGUGGAGAACGUAUUUCAGUGGAGAGAGCAGGAUUACAAAGCCUUUUGGCUGCUUUUGGUACAAUUUCAUCGUAUGAUUCACGUAAAGAAAGAGGUGAUUGAUGCUACGGUACCACUAGAUAGUGAACAGUGUUUUGAGCGAGAAGAGGUACCUGUGUACAAGGUAGCCAUCUUUCUUUUUAUACAGACAGUCAAGCCGCAUUCGUGGAGGACAAAGUACUCGUUGGAUUCAUUUAAUGCAGUGUGGUAUCGCGGACAUGCCGAGAGUUUAGCAGCAGCUGCGGCAUUGGAAGCAGCGGGCGCUGUGGCUGCAGCGACAGCUACAAAGUCACCGAUUCUAAGCGCUAAUGGAUCUCCAUCAAUUCGAGGCUGCACCAGUCCACCACCUCCACAAUCCCCACACACGGUGGGUAUGGCAGACCGUUCGACUGCCGAUUCAUAUUAUCUAUCUUUUGUGCGUGAGAAGCUGGAAGAUUUAUUUGGACUGCUUUAUCCAUCGGUUGACCUUAAAGAUGAGUCUCCGACAGUCAUGAGUGCAGAUCAAAUUGAUCUUCUGGGUUUUUUACUAUGUUUGGGAGAUGUCAGUCUUGUCGACAAAAAUCUCAAGCUGAGUUCGUGUUAUCCGAUGUGGGAACAGUCAUGUAGGGCCGAUGUUACGGCUGAUACAGCUCACGAAUAUCCACCACAAGUGGAAAAUGGAGCUAAAUUGUGCCGAUUUUACAAAACUCACUUGUCGCUAAACGAGAAAUUGUAUCCGCCUGUAGGGUUCUCAAAACCUUAUCCCUCAGCAGCUCAAACUAAUGUUUCAGCACAUUCACCCCCUGCUUUUUCACUAAAUGAUGACUUCUCACUGGAUGGAAGUGCUGAGGGACCUGCUCCAGAUGAAGGGACAACGGGUCGGUCUAUUGUUUUGUCACAACUCAUUAAAGCUACUGUGAUCAAGCGUGCCGAAGAGUUCGCGGUUUUCGAAGACAGUGGUCAGCGACCGGAUGUCAUGAUAUUUUCCUGUCAAGACUCUUAUAUUUACCUACUGGGACUUAUUCGAUAUCCUUUCAAUCUUUUGUACUCAUUACUCGCUAACUUCUACGCUUGCAAGAACUGCCGAAUAAUUACAGCACCGAACACAGGAAUCCUAACGAUGGAGCGAUGUGAAAAUGUGCAGGUUACUUCACUUUCUGGUCUAAUUCGCAUCAGCAAUUGCUUGGACGCCCGACUUAAUGUAUACACGCUGCUUCCGAUGAUUGUCAGUGGCGAAAAUGUUGGCGUGGUUCUAGGACCGUACAAUACAAAGUUUUCUGGCUUAAAACAGCAGCUUUCUACAGCUCCAUUUUUGUUUCAUGCGGAGUCACAAGGCAGCUGGAACAAUUUUCUGGACCUGGAUAGCGACAAGGACAGUAUGUCGGACACAGACGCAGCUCCUGUUUCUCUUCAGGUGCCCGAGACCUUUCGCGAAGUGUGCGUUCCUGUAAAGUUUGCAGUAGGUGCGGGCUCUGCCGAACGACCAUUUCCGAUUCCCUCCGAGUAUGCUGCCACAGUGAAAAAGCACCAUGAGACGGUGGAGUCUUUGCGUCAGUUAGUGACUAGCGAUGAGUUCGAUCUGACAAAAAAGCGUACGAUGGAGAUGGUGAUCCAGCUCAAGUUCAAGGACUGGCUGUCAUCUUCGGGUAAUGUUCGACAAGUUUUGGAUUUAGUGCAUCUCGACCGCAUCGCUAAUGAUCCUGCAAGCAAAUAA